AUGGAUUCUCAAGCAAAUCCGAUUUCAUCCACUCCCAAGCAAAAUCAAGCCACAACGGAGAUAAAUUCAGAAAAUAAAAUUUCCGUCGAAAAUUUGAAACCACUUAAACUUAUUAAUACUGGCUUUAAGUUACGCACAGACAAGCCUCUCUUCAGACACUUCUCUCCCAAAGACACAAUGGCGUAUGAUGAUCGUCUUCAACAAAGAACAGUUUUUACUAAUACCAAAAACAGACCCUCUAUCGCAGGUAAACGUCCUCAACCUCGUUCUGUUUUAAGAGUUUUACCAGUUGAAAAACAAGAAUCUGAAAUAAACCAAGAAGAGUCACCAUAUUGCAUUGGAUGUGGUAUGUAUCUACAAAAAGAAGAAGUUAAACCAUUAGCUUCAUUCACACCAAACAUGGUUAACCUUGCUGAUUAUCUGGAAAAGUGCAAAGAUCAAAGAUUCUCUGAAAAAUAUCCAUCUUUAUGCAAAGAAAUUGAUACUUUAGAAUCAAACUUUGAUUUGUGGAAAUACUUCACUCCAAAAACAAAAACAUUUGCAGCACCUUCACGUCGUCGCUACGAAGAUUCUUAUUCUUAUUCAUAUUUUGUUAACAGUCAGGAAGAAUCACAAACAAACGAAGUCUUAGAUAAAGAAAUAUGUCCAUGGUGCGGCUUUACAUCACCAAAAGAUCAAGCUAAUUCUUAUUUUGUUAAAAGUCAGGAAGAAUCACAAACAAGCAAACAAACAUUACAACCCCCAUAUACCAACAUUGAACAGACAACUCAAAAAGACACUGCACCAUCAAAAGAUCAACUUUUACUUGAAGAACAAACAGAAAAAACAGAAGAGCUAGUUGAUUACCCAAGUCAACUAACGUGCACCAAUGCAUCGGAUUGUGCUGGUUUGCUUGGACAAGGAUCAGCCUUCUAUUCCCCUGGUCGUCCAAAAGAUUCGAAACUUUAUAAAUCUUUAGAUACAGGUGAUCAUUCACAAACAGGAAAACAUUCUGAAAAGCAUCAACGUAUGAAAUUCAUUUCAGAUACCAACAGUGAACAUUCAACUCCAAAUUCAGAUGGAACAAUUUGUCCAUGGUGUGGCAUUAUAUCACAAAAAGAACAAAAUGCCAGAGCAACUAUUCCAAAGUUAUCACGUCCUAGUUUAAGAACUAAUGAUUUGUCUUCUUAUGCAAAAAAUUGCAAAAACUUAACAUUCUAUCUACAACAUGUUCAACAAUGCAAUUCAUUAGGCAUUUUUGGUCCGGAUAAAGCCAAAUUUGAAGAUGAUUCCAAAUCCAUGAAGAAAUCCCAUAAAGAAUCUGAUAUAGAUGUUCAUUCACCAGAAGAAAACUUUUGGUCGCUAUUUUUCCCACCUAAAGCACACGCAGACGAACUUCACAAUUCUAAAUCUAACAGUUUCAGUACACUUGGAGAUAAGUGCAAAGACCCAACUUUCUAUAAAGAACAUACUUAUCUAUGCAUGUCAUUAGGCUAUUUCAUUCCUACUAAAGUCCAUGCCGCAGGUAAGCGCCGUCCAGGAUUAGAUGUUCUUAAUGGUCAAGAAAAGAAACCUCUUCAACUUGUUGAUACCGGUGUUCGUUUACCAGAAGAAAACAGUUUAUGGAAGGAAUUUGAUCCAGAUGAUGUAUCCGCUCACUAUCCACGUAUUCGUCAUGCUGAUAUUUAUGAUGUUAAUGGUCAAGAAAAGAAACCUCUUAAAGUUUCUGAUACAGGUGUUCGUUUACCAGAAAAAAACUUUUGGUGGCUAUUUAACCCACCUAAAGCACACGCAGACGAACUUCACAAUUCUAAACAAACUGUUCCAAAGAGACCUCGUGUUUUGCCAAGAGUUUUACCAGUCGAAAGACAAGAGUCUGAAACAAACCAAGAAGAACCACCAUAUUGCAUUGGAUGUGGUAUGUAUCUACAAAAAGAACAAAACAAAGAAUCAUAUUCAUUCGAACCAAACAUGGUUAACUUCAUUGAAUAUUCAGAAAAGUGCAAAGAUCAAACAUUCUCUGAAGAAUAUCCAUCCUUAUGCAAAGUAGUUAAAUCAGCCUGA